AUGAAGGAGCACGGCCCACACGGCUGGCUGCCCUCAAUGCUGCACCUCCUCCUCCGCAUGGCCCUCGAGCCUCUCCUCCCCGCCUCCCUCCUGCCCUCCCUCCUCGCCUCCGUCUCGCCCUCCUCCCUCCUCACCCCCGGCCCGCUAGCCGGAGGGCGGGUGGAGUUUGAGGGGCAGUUGAAUGCUGCAAGCGAUGAGAGGCCUAUGUGCUUCCAGACUCUUAUUGUGCCCGGCCUGCUCAAGGCUAUCACAUUCAAUGGUAUGGCGGAGGAGGCAGAGGUGGUGAGGCAGCGACUGAGGGAGGUGUUUCUCACACCAGACGGCCAACCAGUGCCCGAUAUCAUGGCAGCAAGCAGCAGCAGUAGUGACAGCAACAGCGGCAGCAGCAGUGCCAGUGGCAGCGGUGGGGGUGGGGAUCGGCACUACCCUGACGAUGGGUCGCGGGUGCGGCUGCUGUAUGUGACACGCAACGACACCAUGACCACCGGGAGGAGAGUCAUGCACCCAGACAGCCACAAGGCGCUUCAGGAGCUUUUCAACCGGAUGAAUUUCCAGACAGAAUAUGCUCUUCUCCCUUUCUCUCAGCAGCUUGCCCUCACUGAUUCCGCCUAG